AUGCCACGCACUCGUAAAAACAACUCUGAAGAUAAAGAACCUUCUUCUUUUCCUUACAAAAGUUCUCCGAAUCGAGGCGGUAAAAAUAAUUCACAAAGUGGCAAAGAUUUAUUACAGGCACCAUCUUAUAUAACUUUUGCCAAAGGUACACCUCCAGGUGUAUUAUUUGAUGGUGUUGACGAACCAGGUCCUGAAAUAGCCGAACGAUUGACUAAGCUACCAUAUGAAAAAUACAUGUUUCUUGACAAUAAAGCCAAAUUUAUGGCACAAAUCAAUUAUAUCAUGUGGGCCACUGGAAUUGAUGAAAAAUCUAAUGAUGGAGGUUAUGAGAAGAAAGUGGGUAAUGUGAACAUUCAACGAAAGAACGAGUCUUCUCAAUAUAAAAAUAUAUGUAAUGACGGAAGUCCUCCCUCGUCAAAAAAAUGA